CUCCUCCUCACAUAUGCCCUCCUCCUUCCCUCCCCUUCAUGUCUCCCCCAUCCUCCCCGCCCCUGAUUUUCCUCAUUCCAGAGUGCAUGAAGCAGCUGUGGGGAGAGUCACGGACCCCUGCGCAGGCUUAGAGAAUGUCACUCCGGCAUCUUUUGGGAUGCCUCCUACUCUGUAAGUUAGGAGGCUCCAUACCCAUCGUUCAUGAGCUCUAUGGAGAAGUAACAUCCCCUAUGUACCCCAAGCCAUACCCCAACAACUACGAUGACACCAGAGAGAUCGUGGUGCCCAAGGGCUACUCUGUGAAACUUAUCUUCUGGCAGUUUGACUUGGAACCUUCUGAAGGAUGUUUCUAUGACUAUGUCAAGGUCUCAGCUGACAAGAAAGACUUGGGUCGAUUUUGUGGGCAACUGGAAUCCAAAAGGGGCAACCCUCCUGUCCAGAAGGAGUUUGUGUCCCAGGGGAACCAGAUGUGGCUAACGUUUCAUACUGACUUCUCCAAUGAGGAGAAUGGGACCACCAUUUUCUACAAAGGUUUCUUGGCUUACUAUCAAGCCGUGGACAUGGAUGAAUGUAGUGCCCAGGACAGUGCCAUUGAGGAGAACUCAGGGCUUCGGUGUGAACACUUGUGCCACAAUACUCUAGGCAGUUACUUCUGCUCCUGCCGCCCUGGUUAUGAGCUCCAGGAUGAUGAACACUCUUGCCGUGCGGAGUGCAGCAGUGAGCUAUUCACAGAGGCAUCAGGGUACAUCUCCAGCCUCGAGUACCCCAAGGCGUACCCCUCUGACAUGCGCUGCAACUACAGCAUUCGUGUGGAUCGGGGCCUAACUAUCAACCUCGAGUUUUUAGAGCCUUUUGAAAUUGAUGACCAUCAGCAAGUUCACUGCCCCUAUGACCAGCUCCAGGUCUACACCAAUGGGAAGCCAGUUGGGGAGUACUGUGGUACACGCAGCCCUGGUAUCAUCAACACCAGCAGCAAUGCGGUGGAUGUGCUCUUCUUCACAGAUGAGUCAGGAGACAGUCGGGGCUGGAAAAUCCACUACACUACAGAAGUUAUGAAGUGCCUCCAGCCCAAGUCCCUGGACGAGUUCACUAUUAUCAAUAACCUGCAACAGCAGUACCAGUUCCGUGAUUACCUCAUUGUUAGCUGCAAAACUGGCUACGAGCUCACAGAGGGGAACCAGAAACUGAAGUCCUUCACCUCAGUCUGCCAGGAUGAUGGGACAUGGCACCGCCCUAUGCCCUACUGCAAGAUUGUGAACUGUGGAGCUCCCCAACGCCUACCCAAUGGGAACUUCGAAUACCUUACUAAGGAGGGGAAAAAUACCUACCAGGCUGAAAUCCUUUACACUUGCCAGGAGCCAUUUUACCAGAUGGCAAAUAAGGAGAAAAAUGAGACAUAUACCUGCUCGGCCCAAGGCACCUGGAAAGAUAAACAUGGAAACAAGAAGAUUCCUCACUGUUUACCUGUGUGUGGAAAGCCACUUAAUCCUGUAGUUGAAAAUCAACGCAUCAUUGCAGGGAAAAAUGCUCGUUUGGGCAAUUUCCCCUGGCAGGCCUUCACCAACAUCUAUGGGCGUGGAGGUGGGGCACUACUAGGCGAUAGAUGGAUCCUUACAGCUGCCCACACUAUCUACCCUAAGGACACCCCUUCAGUGCAGAAUACAUCUAUAGAUGUGUUCUUGGGCCAUACAAAUUUGGAAGAAAUCAUGAAAAUGGGGGUCCUCCCCAUCCGCAGUGUCUUUGUCCACCCAGACUAUGAUCCAAAUGAUUUAAACAACUUUGACAAUGACAUUGCUCUUCUAGAACUGGAGAACAGCGUCCCCCUAGGUCUCAACCUCCUUCCCAUUUGUCUGCCAGAUAGUGAAACCUUCUAUGAAAAAGGAUUGAUGGGCUAUGUCAGUGGCUUUGGGACAGAGGACCAAAUAAUACACGAUGAUCUGAAAUUUGUGAGUUUGCCCAUGGUUGCAAGAGAGAACUGCAGGAGAUGGCUCAGUGAAAAAAAGAGUGAACAGGUAUUUUCUGACAACAUGUUUUGUGCUGGGGACAAGACCACAAAGAAAGAUGCUUGUCAAGGAGACAGUGGAGGAGUCUUUGCUGUGAAGGAUGAAACUGGAAAUCGUUGGGUAGCUGCAGGCAUUGUCUCCUGGGGCAUUGGGUGUGGCAAAGGAUACGGUUUCUACACCAAAGUGCUCAAGUACACGGAUUGGAUUAAGGGAAUAAUAGAAAAAGAGAGCUAGGACCAAAGGAAUAUCCAAGUCCCCAGCAAAAGGGAGAAAGCUUCACUCUGACAGGUUGUGAUUACUUACCUACCCAGUGGCACCCACAUUAAAAGUCACUGAUGCAGAAA